UUAUCGGCUACUCCGCCCCUUUGUUAGUUUAUGUUCUGCAGUUAAUUGUCUGCGCUGUUCAUGUUGUGAAUCAUUCCUAAGAUUUCGUCACGAAAUAAACCCUGAUAUUUGCAAUCAAGUGAAAUUUCCUUGCUGAAUACGUUUUAUUUGAACAUAAGCCUGUAAAAUGAACGCAAAUUUUGAUGAUCCACCUCCGGCCUAUACCCCAUUCGUUCAACAGCCAAUUUCUAGUUCACAAACAUAUGGUUCUACUGGAGGUCAUGGUUCUGGAGCAACCACAGUCAUAAUCACUCCUAAUCCCUCCUCAACCAUUUUUCUAGUUGGAGGCUGUCCUGCAUGCAGAGUUGGUGUCCUAGAUGAUGAAUUUACUUUUCUGGGGCUACUGUGUUGCAUUCUCUUCUUCCCUAUUGGUAUCCUGUGUUGUUUAGCUCUACGCCAAAGGCGUUGUCUUAAUUGUGGAGCAGUUUUUUGAAUCAGUCAUAUAAAUUUAUUAAACUAAUCACCUAUUCUUGACCAACUCUAAUUCAAUUGGGAUUUUUUUGAAUAAUCAUAGAAUUUGUGAAAUCCAAAAUUGUCGCGUUUUAUCUGAUUGUAAACAAUAUUCCAAAUACCCUAUGUGAAAAGUGCCUCUGUAAUAUGAAAUGCUAUUAAUUUCAUUUUUAAAUGGACAAUAAAAAAUUACACGUA